UUUUGAGGAAGUGAAACUCGUGUUCUGCUAAGUGAGGGGAGAGCUGGGGGAUUUAUCAAGGAACUAAAUUUUGUCUCCUUACCAUCUAAUCGUGUUAUCUACUAAAACACAACCAUGGCAAGUGAUGAACUUGCAAGAAAGCUAAACAGACGAAAUGAAAUCAACGAGGGGGAUGAAACAGCAGCCUUGCCAUCUAUGAAUGUGUGGAACCCUUAUACAGAAUUCAAGGAGUUCAGUCGUAAACAAAUCAAGGAUUUUCAAAAGACCUUUAACAAGUAUGAUGUUAGCAGGGACAAUUUUAUUGACUUUCACGAACUGAAACUGAUGAUGGAGAAAAUUGGGGCCCCACAGACACACCUGUCCCUGAAGGCCAUGAUAAAGGAAGUGGACGAAGACCAUGACGACAAAAUCAACUUCAGGGAAUUUCUUUUAAUUUUCCGUAAAGCUCAUGCAGGAGAAUUAGAAGCAGGGAGUGGCCUUAUGGACCUGUUUGAAAACAUGACAGAAAUCGAUGUCGACAAAGAGGGAGUCAAGGGAGCGAAGAACUUCUUCCAAGCUAAAAUAGAGCAACAGUCAGCCAGCAAAAAGUUCGAGGAAGAAAUCAAGCAAGAACAAGAGGAAAAGAAAAGGGAGUUAGAGGAGAAGAAAGAAAGACAAAAGGCAUUCAAAGAAAAGGCCAACUUCUUUAAGCAGGCAGCUAGUUAAGGCCGCAGGGUUUGGAUGUUUGUGUGCACGGUCUAAUACUUGUAACAGGAGUGAUAGCUGACUGGAUUUUAAGCAUUAUUUUCAGAUGUACAUCACUUCUUCCACAUGAUUGUACAAAUGUACUAUUGUAUUGUACUUUCUCUUUUACUUUGAAUGUCCAAUGACAUAACAACAUUUCUGUGCUUCAGUGAUAUUUAAAUGCAUUUUGUGAAAAAAUUAUUUCUCUCUAUCUCUAUACCUAGAUUUCUUUUUGUUAUGGUCUUCCAUGUUAAUUAUUUAGAAGAUAGAAGAGCUGUACAUCUGUUUUGUUGCAGCAUAAAUCUUUGCCUCAGGUAAUUGUUGAUAUCGGUCUGUUUGGUCUGGGAGGUGUUGCAAUGAUCUGUUAUAUUUGUUAUGAUUCAAUAUGUUAAUAUUACAAAUUUCUUUUAUAUCUGAGUUUUAUACUUAUUGCUAUUUUUUCAGUGCUAAUCCAAUUUAUACUGUACAUGUAUGUAGGUUUUUUUUUCUUUUCUUAUUAUUUCUAGUCUUUAAGAUUUUUUUCUUAUUUGUGUUUAAAGAAUGUUGUCUUUUUACACACAAAAGAUCUGACAUUUUCUCAUGAACAAUAGAUAGAACAGUUACUUAUUGUAUGUUAUUCGGAUCCAAUGUCUUGUCUUUUUUUCUUGAGAGGGGGGGUCUAACUUUUGAAUCUGUAGAUCUGAAAAACUCAAAAUAAAGAUUAUAUCCUCUUAUGGAAAAGAAUGCUUUGUAAAUAUUGACAGCCUUUUAUUUUUUACACAAACAGACUGUGAAUUUAUCUUUUUUCUCAGAGAUCUGAAAUAUACCAAGCAUAUUCUAGACUGAAUAAUAAUAAUAAAUGAAUUAGAUGAAUACAUAAAACAAAUGAGUACAAUUGUUGGGCCUGUACUGUUCCAAUAUAACUUUAAAAAAAAAAUUUAUAAAUUACAUGAAUGUCCAUUUAAAUUGUUGCCUUAACAUUACAAACAAAGUGCAAUAUGAACUCUUAAUGGAGUAUUUUUUUUUCUAAUUUCAAAAUUACAGUACAUGUACUUAAAUAAUGUAUUUCUGCAGGGUAAGACACAUAAUCAUUUCGUAGUUUUCAUGUGUACCAUCACACUCAAUCAAAAUUCAAUUUUGAGUAUGAAUUAUCUCAUUAUAAAAUAUUUACUUAAAUAAUGAUAUGUACAAUAUAUGGUUUAAAUAGGGUUUUAUAUUAAAUAAACAGGGCCAGUGUGUUAUAGUUUAUUUCUCCUGAUUUAUAUCAUUGGUUAUAAGAUCUAUGUUAUUGGUUAUUAGUUUGUGUUUUGCUUUUUCCUAGUCCUUAGUUCUCCACUAUCCCUUGCUAGUAUUAACAUUAUCCUUAUAAACAAGUAUUACUGUAUGUUUUGGGAAUCCAUGUGUUUUGUGCCUAUGUUGCAAUGGUGUCAGUUUAAAAUGUGUAAUACUUUGCAGUCACAACUUUUAUAUGUUUAUAAUAUUUUGUAUGUUUUAAAUUGUCAAAAAUAAAAUAUACUACAUGUACAA